AUGGAUCAAGAUAAACCUGAAAGUUCUAUAAACCACGGAAAGAGAUCGCGACCUUUGUUACUUCAACCUCAUGCAAAGGUUCCACGAUUGUCAGCGUACGCUAACUCUACGUCUAGUUCUGUGUUAAAAAAUUCAAAGAAGCUGUCAGUUCAUUGUAAGAAACCAAAAGUAUUGUAUAAUAAGAACGAUGUACCUGCGCCAGGUACCCCCGUCUCUGAGAAAGUUGUUCGAAAAGCUGGACCUUAUUUACUGGGUCCCAAAUUAGGUCCCAGUCCUGUUAAGAGUAUAGUGCAAUGUUUGGCUCGUAAGGAGAAAACAGAUGAUUUCUAUCAAGUUAAAAUACUGACGUUAAAACCAGAAGGGCAGGUUGAAACGCAAGACGAUAGGCAGGGAAAAAUGCUUUUACACACAGAAUAUUCAUUGUUAUCCUUGUUAGAAGAUCAGGAUGGGGUUGUGCACCAUCAUGGCCUCUUUAAGGACAAUGCAUUAGAAGAAGCACCAAACCCUAAUGGUCCAGGAUUUAUUUACACAGGCAGAGUACGACAAAGACUAUUCUUAGUGUUAGAUUGUGUUAGUGCACACCAAUUUAGUGAAAAAGGCAGCGAGUUAAUUAAUCUACAACAAUAUGUAACUAAAGUGAAGAAAGUACCUGAAAAAGAGGCCAUUUUGAUAUUUUACGAUAUUGUGAGAGUAGUUGCUAAUUUACAUAAGAGAAAUAUAGUACACAGGGAUCUAAAGUUAGGUAACAUAGUAUUAAACCAAAGGACAGGACGAGUUGUUUUGACAAAUUUUUGUUUAGGAACCCACCUCGGCAGUGAUAGAGACUUAUUGAAAGAUCAGAGAGGAUCUCCAGCUUACAUAUCACCAGAUGUUUUAAUGUGCAAGCCCUACUUGGGCAAACCGUCUGAUAUGUGGGCAUUGGGUGUUGUCCUGUAUACAAUGUUAUAUGGACAAUUUCCCUUCUGUGACACAAGUCUUGCUCAACUCUUCAGUAGAAUACAGGCUGCUAAUUAUAAUAUACCACCGGAUGGCAACCCAGUCCACGUGUCUGAUAACACAGUAUUCCUUAUUCAGAGGCUGUUAGUAAAGGAUCCUAAACAUAGACUAGUAGCUGACCAGGUGUUAGACCAACUGUCUAGUAUAAUAGCAAGUUAUGUUGUGGUGCCAAGUGUUCCCGAAGAAUUGCAAGUAGUGCCCGACGUUCCUUUGGAUGUAGAAGAGAAAAAACCAGUGGAGAAAUCUAAUGAGCUGGAGAGAAAACCGCUUUUCUCUGAAACGGAGCGAACGCCUAACUCUAACGACGAGUUAGGCGUGUAUUGCGUUCCGCUUCCGGAUUUUCUCGCACUCAACUUUCCCUCCCCCACCCGCGUGCAGCAGAACAGUAUUCUCGUCCAUCCGACCACGGACAGCCCGUCAACCAAACAGAUCUCCAUACAGCGAAUAGGGAGGGACGCCCGUCCAUUACUCCCCUGCGAAAUAUCCAGGUAUCAGCACCUGUUCUCCCGGAAUCCGGAGAGUUCAAGAAUCCGAAAUCUCGCGCAGCGUAUACCUCGGCUGAACUCCGUACCAUCGACGUCGAACUCGGAGUUCCGGGCCAUACCAUGGUCAGAGCGCCGGAUGGACAGGCUAGACCAGGAUUAUGUACUGCGUUUCCCGGAUGUCAGCAGACGGAUUAUGAACCCGCCGCCGGUGCACUCGGUUAACCCGGAGGCGGUUGUCAAUAACCCGCGGCCACCAGUCGAGGGUAAUGAUCUCGAAUACAACUAG